AACACGCUAGUUUUGAUCUUCAUUACAACCUCGCUAAUUUCUUACAAAACCUUACUUUGACAUGAUUUAUGAAAUGUGUCACAAGCUGUGAGAGAGGCGUCUUUACAGACGGAUCUAAACAAUUACUCAUCAGACGCGAGAAAGCAGACUGUGAACAGAACAUCAGAAAGGUUUAAUUAUUAGAAGGUAACUUCGUUACCACAAGGUUUUUGUGGCUCAGUAAAGAGUACUGGACGAUACCCAAUAUAAUAAACACAGGCCUUUAGUACAUUGGGCUUUUCUCUACUUUUUUGUGUUUCAUUUAGAGUUAAAAGUAUUUUUGUGUUGACCUGUUGCUGUGUGGUUCUUGUAAAUCAUGGAUUACACAUACAUGUGCUUAUUAAAGAGCAAGUCACCCCUUACAAGAAGCGUACUUCACUCCCACUUCAUGUUUGAAAAAUGCAACAAAUGCUGUUGCCUAGCAGACCGAGAGGGUGGAGCCACUAACAAAUACACACACUCAUGACAUCAUAAUGUACCAGUUUACAUCAUAGCAUACCUCUUAGCCAAUAGCGGUGGCAGAUUUAAAUUCAAAUGCAGUGCAGAGUUUUUACCUGACAACGGCACAACACUGACAGUUUCAGGCAGAAAAUUUAAAUUUUAACUAAAAUGCACUAAAGUGCAAAACUAUUGACGACACGUGUCUGCAGCACGAUUAGACACACAUUUAUAUAGUUUAUCAGAAAAAAAUAGUUGAUUUGGGGGUGACUUGCUCUUUAAAUAUCCAGCUCCAGUUAUUAAUGUGUCAUUUGAUCACAGUUUAAUUACACAUAAAUGCUCUGUUAUGGAAAAAAAUAAUAUUUAUUAAUUCUUGAUCAUGGACUCAAUCAACUGAAUGUAACAUGUAUUGCUCCAUGUCUUUCUGCAUGCCCACUAGUUCAGAACUCACACACACACACACACACACACACACACACACACACACACACACACACACACACACACACACACACACACACACACACACACACACAUAAUCUCUCUCUCUCUCUUCCAUCUCUCCAUAAAUGAACUCUGUGACAGGGUGUUCGGGGCAUUUUGCCUCGUGCAUUUUGCCACAGUUAUAACUGUUUGACUUGUCUGCUCAUUGUCUCCUUCUCUCUUCACUAUAGGUAAUGAGUUAUUGAUAAACAUACUGAUAAAAUCCAUGACAUUAUUUGGUCCUUCAAAAGCUGGGGUCCCAUCACCUCGCGGCGCCAAGAGCCGACGUCGGAGGACGGUCGACUACCUAAUCUCCUCCAGCGCCGAGUUUGCUGGGGGGUCGGUGAGGUCUUGACAUCGUUAGGAGGAAUGCGGAUCCACAAACUCAAGCCCUGAGUGGAGAGAUUUGAGGACAUUUUCAACCGAGAGCUCAACAUCUUCACGAAAACGAGGUGAUUCCUGGACAGAGAGAAGAAGUGUCACCACCAGGAAAAUGUCAUCACUGGAGAAGCCUACCGACAAGACCAAGAAGCGUUACUGCUGUGACCAGUGUGACAAGAGCUUUCGACAUCCACCACAUUUAAAACGUCACCAGCAGAUUCACACUGGAGAAAAGCCAUUUCCCUGUGACCAGUGUGGGAAACGCUUUACUACCUCAGGGAAUCUGAAAACCCACCAGCGGAUUCACACCGGAGAAAAGCCAUUUCCCUGUGACCAGUGUGGGAAACGCUUUACUACCUCAGGGAAUCUGAAAACCCACCAGCGGAUUCACACCGGAGAAAAGCCAUUUCCCUGUGACCAGUGUGACAAGAGCUUUCGACAUCCACCACAUUUAAAACGUCACCAGCAGAUUCACACCGGAGAAAAGCCAUUUCCCUGUGACCAGAGUGGGAAACGCUUUCAUCAGUCAAGGGAUCUGAAACAUCACCAGCGGACCCACACUGGAGAGCAGUAACACGUGUGACUGGUUCAGAGUUUUAGUGUCUCCAUAAACAUAUUUACCUUGAUGGACCAGAUAAGUCACUUGAAUGGGUCAAAGUUUCAAGCCUCAAACAAUGUUUCAUUAAUACAAGUCUGCAUUUAACUCAAUGUGUGAAGUUUUCUUUUAAAUGCAUAAACACAACAAGCAACGAUUAUCUUUGCAUAACCAAUCAUGCAAAAUAGCUGCAUUUACAAGCUUUUGAUCCUUCUUUUUAUGUAAAAAAUCUUCUGCAACCGCUGAAUAUCAAUGUUGAAAGAGGACAGCCCAGAGUAAUGAUGCGCUCAACUGUUCAGUGCAUAGAAAAAAAAUUUAUUAUCAUUUUACUGUUGGGAAUUUUAGCUCACACCAGAAAAGUGUCUAAUGUUUUUCAGAAUAGUCAGAGGUACUUUGUGGUUUAAUAGUUGGUUUGUAAGAAACAAAAUAGCUUAAUAGGGUUUUUACAUAAUCAGACUAACUUCUAACAGCAUCAGUUCAUAGUUGAUUGUGCAAGAUGAUUAGUUAAGUAGACGUUCACGGGUUUGGAAUGAUUCAGUGGUUUUUUUACAUUUCCACUAUGGGGAUGAACUACAGACUGUUUGUGGAAACAUGUCAGGCAGUUGGAAAAUUAGACAGAUUUUAAUAUUAAUAUCAGACAUGCUGGCUGACAAGUAAAGAUUUAAAAAUUGAUUUUCUUUUUGCACAUACAAAAAUAAAUAAAUAAAUAAAUAAAUAAAUCGCUUCUCUGGGCUAAGCCCCAGAACUUCUUCAACCCGAAAUCCGCCCCUGCGAUUCAGCACGCUGAUCACCGAUUAGAUGGGACAGAUUUCCCAGCAUGCCAUGCUGUUUCUUAAAUGUUGAAAAUUAAACUAAAUUCUUUAUUUAUGCUUUACUUUUGUUCAAAGUUAAGCCAUCUUUGAUUAAAUGUAGACCUAUAUUUAUAUCUAAAAAAGCUGAGCAGACUUACAGUUAUAUGUUAACAGUGAACGAGCGACAGCAUGACUGAAACGGGUUACGGAGUUGAUGAAAAAUAAUCUAUUUAGGUGUUGAGGAGUAGAUAUCGUCAAGAAAACAGACAUGUGCACUCGUUAUUAAGAGUGUUCUUGUUCAAAAGUGGUGGGGACACGUCACUGGCGUCCAUGGUUAACGGACUAUGUCCUAUAGGACAAGAACUCCAUUUCUCUGAACAGGAAACCAUAAUAUCCAGAAUAGUCUUAUUUUUCUAACUUGAACACAGAAAAACUUCAUAAUUAAUUUUUAAAAAUGAUUUAAUAAAGCUGAAACACCAAAAGAAAUGAUAAAGAUGUAAAAGAGAAAAAUAGGACGAGGGAAGAAGAGGGAGGAAGUAGGAGAAAAAUCAGGCUCCCGUUUGUCUGAAUACGUUUUAUUGAUGUUUGUCACUCAGACAAAGAAACAAGCAGCCUUCAUGCAGGGAUGUCUGAAGAAUCCAUCUUAGACUUCCAAUUUUGAAAGAGCUCAGCUCAUUUAAAUCCAGCAGAACGGCUCCCCCUAGCGGUCAGAACGGAGCAGUGCAGCCUACAGAUGCCACCAGAUUCUCGACUGGUUUUAAUUUUAAUUGUAUAAAAAAAGAGACACAUUUUAACAAACCGUAGCAUUUUGCCUUUUAUUAUAAAUUAAACAAUUAAAUAAUCAUAUCUUCUUCAUACUUUGGGUAUUUUCUGUAUUAGUUUUGUUGCAAAAAUAUUUGAUUUUUCUUUCUUACAAGGAGCCAAAACGCUAAAUAGUUCAAAGUUUAAAGAAU